UAAAUAGAUAGUGUUUGUUUAGAUGUCGGAUGGUAGGAAUCAAUUCUCUAGACAUACUAUGAGCUGAACAAACAGAAACGAUACAGCAGGCUUCAUAUUGACGAGAAAGAAUUUCAAAAGGUGGAUGAUCAGUUGAGAUUUUUUUGAGAAGGAUAAACUAAAGUCAUGGUUAAAAUUAUCAUCUUGCUUCUCUUCGUCGUUACUGCAGAGUUGAAUGCUAAGUUUUCUGAUUGGAAUGGAUGGUCAGCUUGUUCAUCGCUCUGUGGAAAAGGAACAAAAUCUCGCGAAAGAGUUUUGAAGGACGAUAUCAAUGGUACAUGUUACAGUACAAUCAUUGAGAAGCAAGAAUGUCAAAAUAAUUGUCGAACUUUAAGAAAUGUAGCCCUGGGAAAACGAGCCACUGCAUCCAGUCAAUUUUUGAACGUUUAUCCAGCUGGAAUGGCAAUUGAUGGAAUAACAAGAAAUAGCUUAAACGGAAAAAGCUGCAUGCAUACUGCAAAAGAUAAGAAACCUUGGUUAAGAAUUGAUUUAAAUGGAAAUGCUGUUGUGGAGAAGGUUGUCAUUCAUAAUCGUGCAGACUGCUGUACUGAGCGAUUAAAUAAUCUUGUCAUCAGGAUUGGAAAUAAUGCAACAGGUGUUGGAAACGAUGUUUGUGGUCGUCAAGAAAGCAUGAAAAAUGUUGAAAAACUCUCUGUAUCUUGCUGUAACCUGUUAGAAGGUCGAUAUGUGCACGUCACAAUUCCAGGACCUCAGUUUUUACAUAUAUGCGAAGUUGAAGUUUUAGGGAAUAUGAUAUCAGAUCUCGCCUAUGAUAAAUCAGCUACGCAGAUAAGUACUCAUAGUUCGCCUUAUGUUGCUGGCAAGGCACUUGACCGAAAUACAGCUACUUAUACACAUACAACAUCGACGAACAAACCAUGGUGGAGGGUUGAUUUGGGUAAGAAUGCUUACAUUCGAAAGGUUAUCGUCAAUGGCCACUCAAGUUAUGCAAAAAAUGCUGACGUCACAGUAGAAGAUGGUUCCAGCAAGCACUGGUGUGGUGACACAGGCAGUGUAAGUAGCAAGGUCAUUGUUGUAUGUCCAAAGAUGUUGCUUGGACGAUAUGUAAGAAUACAGCUCCGCACGACUGGCACUCUUGUAAUGUACGAAGUAGAGGUAUUGGGAUAUUACCCAGAAUAAUAACCUGUAUCACGUGAUCCUUGUAUUUAUCAAUGAUGGAGAUAAUAUACAAACAUGUUUCA